GCGAGGAGCAGGAUGGUGAGGAGCGACCGGCGGCGGCGGCGCUCUGCUCCCGAGCACGCGGGUGGGAGUUGUGGGCUUUGGCUGCCUCCGCGUGGCGGUGGCCCGCGCCUGGUUUCCCGAGUCUCAGGGUUUCUGGGAAACAAAAGAAAGCGAGGAAAUACGCCACCGUGAAACGCAUGAUCAGCCUCCGAGACCAGCGCAUCAAACAGACGGAGCGUGCAAAAUCCAAUGUGAAAAAGAAGGAUGAUCCCAGUGCAAUCAAGGAAAGAGAGGUCCCUCAGCACCCUUCCUGUUUGUUCUUCCAGUAUAACACACAGUUGGGCCCACCCUAUUAUAUUCUGGUUGAUACAAACUUCAUCAACUUCUCCAUUAAAGCCAAGCUGGACCUGGUGCAGUCAAUGAUGGACUGUCUCUAUGCCAAGUGUAUCCCCUGUAUCACAGAUUGCGUGAUGGCUGAAAUUGAGAAGCUAGGGCAGAAGUACCGUGUGGCACUAAGAAUAGCCAAAGACCCGCGAUUUGAACGCCUGCCUUGCACACACAAAGGGACCUAUGCAGAUGACUGCUUGGUGCAGAGGGUCACUCAGCAUAAGUGUUACAUAGUGGCCACGGUGGACAGAGACCUUAAGCGGAGAAUCCGGAAGAUUCCUGGAGUCCCUAUCAUGUAUAUUUCCAACCACAGGUAUAACAUUGAGAGGAUGCCAGAUGAUUAUGGAGCCCCUCGAUUCUAACCCCCGGCUACAGAUGUUCCCAUCACAUACCACUACCAAGCGCCAGAAUUCUAAACCCAGUUACAGUGCUCCUCUGUUUCUAACCCCCCCCCGCUUCCCUCCCUCUGCUGGGAUUGCUCCCAGGGCUGCCGAUGACACUGGACUGAUUUCUUAGGCCUUGGCUUUGCAGCUUUGGUCUUCUAAUGAAAAGCCAUUUUGGAUCUUUCUACCUUUAUUCACCCUUGUUCUGCCUAAACCCAUUGGUUAAAUCAGCAUGUGUGGGAGGGAGUACUAGGACCCAGGGAGUGCAUCUGCCUAGCUUUCUCCUCAUUCUGCAGGUGGGGUAUUUAGAGAAAGUGCCAAGGAAGGAUCCAGCAAUGGCACAGAAUGGGAACACAAGUUCCUAGAAACUGGAGUUGCAGAUCAGUCUGAAAAAACUGUUGCCUGCAGCAGGACAUGCAUUUUUCUGGCACAGCUGAAGUCUGCCCCACACUUUAAAUUUCAUUAUCUGAAUGGUGGGGAAUCAGCAAAAUUAUGAGGCCAUGGCAGUGGAUAUACCUCAUGUGGACAUAAAGGCUCUGAAAAAAAUCAACACAAGAAGGUGGGUUGUGGGGACCUAUAUAGAACACCACAGUACUGCCUUCCAAAUCCCUGACUAAGUAGAUUCUGUGUGUUCUGGGUCUGAACAAAACUGACAAAGUUCUCCUCUCUCCUCCACAUAAGAACAUGGGGGCCAGUGUUACUGAGGUCAAAUCUCCCAUCAAGUUUCAAAUGAAGAAGAUUCUUUGUUUAGAUGUGACAGUCAAGCAUGAGGAUAAACUAACUUAAAAAAAUCACUUGCCAUCAACUUCCUGGGGUCCUUGCUGAAGGAAAAACUGGCAAGCAUGAUGGUUGGUGAGAGUACUGGAGGCAAACUUCAGCAUCUCUACUAAACGGGCAAUAAUAAAGGUGUUCAGUCCCUA